AUGGAGUUGAAACCUGCCGGUGGCUCCUCUGUUGGGUCUCCUAUUCUGGAUGGGGAAGAAUUGUCGGCCAAGACUGCGCAACCAACUAGGGAAGUCCAAGAUAUCUCUCGUCUUAUACUGGAUAUCAUCUUUGAGUAUGCCCUCAACAAGUUCGAUGACUCCAAAGAUCGACUGGAGAAUGGUGCAACUACCUUUCUGUCCGCCAUUCGGCCGUAUGUCGAGACGGGCAAGCGAGUUGAGGCAUGCCUGCCGGCGUUUCCCUUCAAGUCAGCAAAUAAGGUGUACAAGGUACUCGGUAACCUCCCCGAUAAAGCUGAGGAGCUCGCGCUCGGCCGUUUGAACACCAUGUGCGCCCGCAUUCGUGAUGUUUACCCUCCAGGUGCUCAUGUCACCAUCAUUUCUGAUGGCAUCACAUACAAUGACUUGCUGUGUAUAUCAGAUCAAGAUACAUGGGCCUACGGGGAGGCCCUACGUAAGAUGGCAAUCAAGAAGAAGUUCGAUUCCAUUGGCUUUUCUCGGAUGAAAGAUCUACUUGACUUCCCUCUUCCAGCAAAGAUAAAUGAGAUCACCUACGUCGCAAAUUGUACUACCUUUCGGCGAUUACUCCUCAACAAGUACGGCAGGGCCGAUCUAGACAUCGAUCAUGAGAUUGCCACGAAUCCCGAUACGAAGCUCACCUAUCUCGGGUACAAGAGGUUCUUGGAGUCAGACUUGAAAUACAUCUUCCCCCGUGGAGAAGAUCGAACAGCCAAUGGGUAUAGAAGAGAUUGUAAAUAUCUGGCUAAGCAAAUGUUGAUCAGAGGAUACGCUUUUGCGGGCGCAGUAAAAAACGCCUACCCAAAUCAUUUGCGACUUUCCAUUCACGAGUCAGUGGGCGGCAACAAAGUGUCAGUAUGCUUGCUCAACACCAAGACUGGGUUCACAACUCCAUGGCACUGUACCGUCGCACAGCUAGCAGAUGGAGAAUGGGUCAGCGCCCCUAUGGGUGAGUUCAUCAAAGACAAUCGGCUGGAGCUCAUAUAUGAGGAUGGUCAGCCAAGCUACUUCAAGGAAAAGCCUCGGGGCGUUGAUGCCCUCGGUAUCAGCGAGUCAGCCGCAAGUUACCUCCAGGAAGCCAGACCUCUAAACGCCAGCGGGUAUCUCAGCGGAGCAUCGACUCCUAUGAAAGGGUCAGCAAACAGCCCUUCUGCUUUUACACCUCCAGGGACCGACAAAGGCAGUGGUGCUACUACACCUAAAACAGAAUCUCCCGUUAUUCUUCCUUCAAGCGGUGUGGAGGUUGUGGUGGAAGAUGAAUAUAGCAAGACGUUGUUAUUGGAGGGCAAGACCGACACCUCUCUCAUUCCAUACGGCAAAAGACUUAUUCCUCAAAUCAUGGACAACCUGGCAGCUGCUGAGCCAGAUCGCACUGUCUUCUCUCUGACCACGUUAUCCGGCUCUUCGCCACAGUUUCGACAAAUCUCUGCCCGCGACUUCACCAAGGCCGUAGACAAGACCGCUUGGUGGCUUCGAGGCCAAGUUGGCCAACCUGAAUCUGUCCUACCUGUGGGCUACAUUGGACCGCACGAUUUAAGGCACAUCCUGCUGACCUACGCCUGCGUGAAGGCAGGUUACGCUGCCCUGUUUCUCUCACCCAAGAACAAUACAGAAGGAGCACUUGCUGUGCUCGAAGCAACUAGAUGUAAUAUUUGGGUUACUGCCAGCGAGGUGCCCCCAGUUUCUUUGGUGAGAGAAGUGCUACAGCAACGCACUAUGCAGGUGUUACAACUUCCGUUGCUCGACGAGUUGCUUGACUCCAAGACUGUGGAGCCAUUCCCUUACACCAAGACAUUUGAAGAAGCUAUUGAUGACCCGUUCUGCUUUCUUCAUACUUCUGGAACCACAGGAGUGCCUAAGCCCAUCCCAUGGUCUCAUGGUCUUAUCGGUACCAUGGAUGCCGUGCGACUGUUGCCACCAGUUGAUGGCGACGAUGGUUUGCUGCCGUGGACUUCAGACUGGAAAGCUGGAGAUACGAUUUACUCCUCAUUCCCUAUGAGCCAUGGCGCUGGCAUCAUAAUGGAUAUUCUCAUGCCUGCCUUAUUCGACCUACAUUGCAUUUUGGGACCGGCUGGCGUCCUGCCUAAUAUCAACCUUGUGGAAACUCUGGCAGAGAAUGCCAAGAUUGACAUCUGGAGCAUGGUGCCUUCUCUCGUGGAUGAGGUUGGCGAAACCCCAGAAGUACUUGCGAAGCUGAAGCCAUCGAAGUUUAUAUGCGCCUCUGGAGGCCCGGUUAGCCCUGUUAGUGCUGCAAAGGUAAACGAGGUAAUCAGAGUCCUCAAUUUGACCGGCACAACGGAAGGUCUGUUCAUUGGCAAUCUCGUAACAUCAAGAGAGGACUGGUUCUGGUUCUGUUUCCACCCUUACUCUGGGUUCGAAUUCAAGGAAUUGGAAGAAGGCACAUAUGAACACUGGGUACAUCGCAACAGUCACUGGCCAUUGUUUCAAGGCAUCUUCCACACAUUCCCCGACAAGCAAUCAAUCAACUUCAAAGACUUGUACACGAGGCAUCCUACAAAGCCAAACCUAUGGGCUUUCAAAGGCAGAAGCGACGACCUAGUUGUCCUAUCUAAUGGGUACAAGAUUACACCUUUGGAAACAGAGGCGUUUGUAACUACCCAUCCUGCGAUCAAUGGAUGUCUUAUUUUCGGAACUGGAAAACCACAAGCUGGUCUUCUGAUUGAGUUGAAGGACCCAUUAUCCAAGCCGGAGGAGCUACUUGACAGUAUAUGGGAAACAGUGAAAUCAGCCAACUCGAUGUCCAGGCACAAGAAUCAGCUGCUAAGAGAUUUUGUCACCUUUUCAGACCCUGAGAAGCCAUUUAUUCGCACAGACAAAGGCACUGUCAAGCGUACCGCCACCUUAGCCCUGUACGCCGAUUACAUUGAGCGCUUCUAUAGCUCCCGAAAUGACGAUAACUUCAGCAAUAUCGUUGUUGAUACAAGCUCGCCCAAGUUAAUUCAGAGUUGCCUCAUUGACAUCCUCGCAUCUUCACUCCCCGAUGUCCAAACUUCACCUCCAGACACUAAUUUAUUUGACCUUGGACUGGACUCUUUGGGUGUCUUUGCGGCCAUAAAGACAAUCAGGGCCGCCACCGGACUCGGUGAGCUUAUUGCUCCUCGUCAUAUCUACGCCAAUCCCACAAUCGCAAGCCUAUCUGCUACCAUCGCUCGUCUGGCGGCCACAGCAAAUACUGCGAAUGCUUCGGCUUCAUUGGAGAAGUCAAUCGAUCAGGACGAUGUUUUCAAGAUGAAGACCCUGGUUGCACAGCAUAAAACAAGGCAAUCGUUCCCCCUCAAUGCAUUCGAUUAUGUGAAUCCUAAUCACGGCAUGGGUCUGGUUUUCUACUUUUCGUUGCGCGAGGACGCUUCUUACGAGCAAGUAUUUGACAACUUGCAGCAAGGACUGAAUCGCACAUUCGACCUCAUUCCUGCUCUCGGUGGUAAGAUGAUGAACCGCUCAGAGCAAGAAAUUGGCUAUACUCGAGGAGAUCUCUGCGUCACAAUCCCUUCUCUCGCUAUGGCAGACUCUGUUCACAACCGACUUGUCUUCAAAGAUCUCUCUGAUGUUCUCCCCUCAUUUGACGAGUUGAGAAAUGGGGGCUUUGCGCCGUCUGCUUUCAAAGACAGCUUGGUUCUACGAGAUGAUCCAUUCCCCAAGAUGCCGGCGGAUAUCUUUGUCGGUCAAGCCAAUUUUGUCCGAGGCGGCUGUAUUGUAGCCGUGGAUCUGAACCAUUGUUGCCUUGAUGGCCUUGGCGUCAUGGUGGCCGUCAAAGCUUGGGCAGAAAACUGUCGAUAUCUGCAGGGAGAUAAGUCCGCAACUUGCGACUGGUAUGACCAGGAGAGCUUUAACCACAGCUUGCCCGAAAUUAUUCACGAGCAAGAGGGCUGGAAUCGACCUCUUGAGGAGAUUGACCCUGGUACCUGGGGCUUUCUGCCAUUUUUUCCUCCAGAAACCGAUCUCCCCAAAACAUCUGCUGAAACGAAGCCGUGUUCUGAAGAUCAGCCUCUGAUUCCAACUGACCUGAGAAAGACAUGGUCUCUCAAUCCUAGACCUGAUUUCCCUCUCCAUACAGUGUGGCCUCUUCCUCGUGCUGAGCGAUGUCUCAAGACGACACUCUUCGAGAUCACUCCAGACAAAUUGGAAAGCUUGAAGCAAGAAGUUCUGGCAGACCCUGAAUCCAAAGGAGUCACAUCCUUGAGCGAUAUUGCACAAGCCUUUUUCUGGCGGGCAGCUAUCAGGGCACGAUAUCGUGUAGCCAAAGAAAUCCGCAAGCAAACCUUUCAGCCUGACGAGAUGUCCAUUCUUGAGCUACCGACUGACGGACGUCCAUACUUCUCCUCCCUGCUACCUUCGACGUACAUGGGAAGUCUUCUCAUCUUAAACCGAUCAACUAUGUCCAUUGAGACGCUCUGUUCGUCGGAAACGAGCAUAGGACGUGUUGCAUAUUUGCUCCGGCAGUCCGCUGCAAGCAUCACCCCUUCGUUGGUACAUGAUGCAUUCACAAUUCUGCAGUCUCUCCCGGAUCAUAGCAGAUUCUCGACCGCCAACAUGGGUCUCGAGCACAUGCAUGCCAUGAUCUCCAAUAUGAUGAUGUUCCCAAUGAACGAGAUCUGUUUUGGAGACAAGUUCUUCAGCAAUGCAGGUUCACCAGAGUCUAUGCGGCCUCAGAUUGAGCGUGGUAAUGGCCGCUUCCGGUUUCUCGUAAUCUUCCCAAUGAAACCAGAUGGGGGAAUAGAACUCGUGUUGGGUACGCAUCCUGAAGAAUUGGAAAUGUUCAAUUCGGAUGAGGAGUUCACAAAGUACGCGCAUCUCGUUGACACGAGUUGCUGA